CGAAUAGUAAAGUAAUGUAGUGUUCAAGGUGGUAUUGGAGUAAAAACUAAGCUAGAUUAAAGAUUGUUUUUAUAUUAAUUAAUUUAUUUAAUGGAUAGACAAAAGGAAAUCUUCAAAGUUAACAUUGUAAACAAAAAUGAAAGAGAGUUGACCAAAUUAUUAAAAAGUGGAUUUAAUCCUAAUUUUGAAGGUGGAUGGCCUAUUCGAUUAGCAGCUCGUCACGGAUUGCACUCUAUUGUUCAACUAUUAAUGCAAUAUGGAGCCAAUCCACACCUACUAAGUGAAGCUGGUGCGUCAACGUUGCAACUUGCCGUUUUUGCAGCGUGUCACUGGGAGACUGACGAGUGGACAUUUUUACUAUCGUGCUGCGAUUCAUCUCAGUUAGCUGAUGGCGCAGCUGUCGCAAUUAUUUUCAAUAAUGUUGCAGCACUGAAGAAAAUUCUACAAACAGGACGAUGUAACGCUAACAUUCCAACUACCUUAACAGGUAAAACCGUUGACGACCUGGCAAGGGGAUAUAAACUGAAAUACUUAUUAAAUGCUCCUGUGAUCCAAACUAAUCUUCAAAUUACGCCUAAUACAUCACCUCGUGUAACAAGAACGGAUGUCAGAAGCAUACAAGUACCACAUCAAGGCCAUAGGAAUUUGUCUCCCUCGGUGGCCCGUUUCUUUGAUCUAACAGCUGGUCAACCAUCAUUAACUUCACCGCGUAGCCCAACACGAUUAUCGUUUUCUCCUACCACUCAACGCCCAUAUUAAUAAGCUUCUUCAGACAACUUGAUUUUACAUUUUACAUUUGAUGCUACAAUUUAAUGUAAAGGUGGUUUAAGUAGGAAAUUUACAAAUUCCACUAUAUAAAAAAAA